GUUUUUUCUUCCUUUAGUUGUUGCUUGGUUUGCUUGCUGCUCCGUAUCCUUGCUUCCAUGUGAUAGCUGCUUGAAGACCCAACUCUGUCGGUAACGGAUGCGUGCCUUGUCUCUUUGUUGCUGCUCGCGUUAUUGAUACGACCUUGCUGCCUGAUAGUGAACGCGGUACGGGCGCUGCCGCCGAGGGAUGCGUGACGUCUUCGGCUACGUUCGCGACGUCCACCACGCCAGGCGAGUCGGAUAAGUCUCGGCGUAGCAGUCUGCACUGCUGCAACACUCAAGCGAUCCGACCACUGUCUGUUGUUUUCACGACCUAAUUGGUCACUAUCUUAAGUGAUUAUCUCUUGUGUCCCGAAGUGGGCUGCACGUUGCGUUCGCGUGCCAAACGCGUGUUUUUAACGGCUUUUUCUGUGUGCGCAGAAAUUCCAAAUCGAAGAACGAUGUUAAGCACAUUAGAAAGGAAGGAUACAGAACGAGCGGGAUCCGAGAAAAAUCAACGCAACCCAAAAGCUGACGUGCAGGGAGACAUGAUGUCAGGAGAACUUCAGGCUGCUGAUAUCGUCGAGAUUCUGAAGAAGCGGCUGGCUUUCAUGGCGGGCGGCGAAGACAAGAAAGGCAACGCGCUCAUCUCCGUUCCUCCACCCUGCGACGACUUUAUGCUUCAGGACUUCAAGGACACGCUGACUUACCUGAUGACCCUCACCCAUGAUGAUGAUCGGGGUGUAACGGUCGUUAUCCAGGGUGACAGUUCCUGGGGAGAUAGGCUGAAGCCGAUAAUGGGCAUUAAUCAGGACGUCUUGGGGCGCAGGCUUUGCUGCACGUUGGUGCUCCGUCCACACAAGCCCAAGGACUCAAAACCGUCUCUUCGGGACAAGCAGGCAUCCACGCAGGUGAAAUAUGUCAGCCAGGCCAAGCUGUUCAAGUUGAUCAGUCCCCUUCAGUUGACACCCGAGUUUGGCGGCACCCUGCAGUACGACCAUUAUGACUGGCUGAGCAGACAACUGGCAGUGGAGAAGUACAUCAAGGAGGUGAAGCUGCUGUCGAAGCACACGGAUGUGGCCCUCGGAUUCUGCCGUUUCCAGGCCUCCCCCGGGUCUCCAGAUGUGCCCUGCCAGAUCGGCCCGGCCAUGGGCGAGGUCAUCGCUCGCACGGUGCAGAGCGGUCAGAGGCUUCUUGAAAGCCUGCAGUGCAAUGUGGAAUUUGGCUUCAAGUCCCACUGUGGUCAGAGGAUGGUGAAGGAGAGGGGCAGUGCCUACAGAAAGGUGAAGGCGGCGUUGGACUGCGUGGUCCAGCUCCAGCAGUCUUUCCAGGAGGACUGGGAGCGGGAAUUGGAAAUCCUCAGGGGCACUCAGCAGCUGGAAACUUUCUACAAGGAGGUGGAAACAAUGAUCCACUGGACCAGCGUCGAGAGGGACAGGCUCUUGCAGUCUGGCACCAAAUCUGACUUGGAUAAAGCAAAUGCAAUGGCCAUGGACAUCUUUGCAAGAUACUCGCGGCUGCGGCAGUUCUCGGCCAGCCUGUGCAAGGAGCUCCCCCGGGAGGCCGACAGCAUUUGCUCCGCCAUGAGUCGGCUGGACCUGGCCUGCGAAGACUUUGCGUCCCACUUCAACAGUCCCCGGGAGUGUCUGUCCCCCGUCCUGGACCAGGAACUGCAGCAGUUUUGGGAGUUACUCAGCAGCAUCGAGUCAAGACUGAAGAAUCCUCCUGACGAUGACGUUAGGACAACCAAAGAAGUAGAUAAGUUGCUGACAGAGCUUCAGGACACUACCUCCGUCAUUGAGUCCCAGCUCCAGACGCUCAAAGAGACAUUCCAAAGCCACGGAGAAAGCUCGGAGGGAGAAAUCUUCUGGCUUAUCCGGGAACAGAUGAGCCACAUCAAGGCCCUUCUCUCGAGCAGGAGGAACGACCUGGUUCAGGCAGGCCAGUUCCUCUGCUGCGAGGAGAAUGCACUGCAGCUGGUGUCAUGGCUGGACAAGCUGAACAAGCUCGUGGAAACCAAAUUUCUUAAUACCGGCCACAGAGUCACACAGGCGGAGCAUGACAGAAUGGACGACAUGGCACGAGGCACGUAUCACUACGGUCUUCGGCUUCUUGACGACGCUGUGAAACUGCGCAAGCUAACUGGCUAUGGUACGGCACCUAGCAACCGUGUGGCGGACGCUCUCUUUGAUGCCUGGGUCGGCUACGUCACGACUUCGAGGUGCCUGAGGCGCUCUGAACAACCUCCCAUUGCUAAAGAACCACAGGUGCUGCCUAGGUGACUGAAUUUUCCCGGCGUAAAUGAAAAUGUGGAUGACAACAGCUGGUAGCAUUUACUUACGAGAUGCGAGUGCCCAAAGAGAACCGCUAGUCAAAAAGAA